UUAUUGGGGUAUUCCAGGUUCCGUGUUGAAAUUUUGACGUGUAACAAAUAUUGCUUAUUUAGCAACCAUGAUUAAGACAAUAAUACUGAUUGGAGGACCAAUGAAAGGUACUCGUUUCCGACCAAUGUCGCUAGAGCUUCCAAAGCCCCUAUUUCCUGUUGCUGGGUACCCAAUAAUUUAUCAUCACAUUGAAGCCUGCAGCAAGGUUCCACAUAUGAAGGAAGUGAUACUGAUAGGAUUUUAUCAGCCUAAUGAUGCCUUAAACAAAUUCAUCAGUAGUGUCCAGCAAGAGUUCAAAGUCCAAGUCAGAUACCUACAGGAGUACACAGCCUUAGGGACAGCCGGGGGACUGUAUCAUUUCCGGGACCAGAUCCUGGCUGGGAAUCCGGACAGCUUCUUUGUGAUGAACUCGGAUGUUUGUGGGGAUUUCCCCCUCAAGGAAAUGUUAUCAUUCACAGUCCAAAAAGGGGGUGGAUCCCACUGUACAAUACUAGGCACGGAGGCAACAAGACAGCAGUCUUUAAACUAUGGUUGCAUUGUGGAGAACAAAAAUACUCAUGAGGUUUUACAUUACGUGGAGAAGCCCGAGACUUACAUUAGUACAGUCAUUAAUUGUGGGGUCUACUUGUUCUCCCCUGACAUUUUCUGUACCCUGGAGAAAAUCUUCAAGAAGAAUCAAGAGGACAACUACAAUUUCCAGACAGGAAAUGGGUGUUAUUCUGGCUAUGAUCCCAGCCUUCAGUUGAAUGAGAAAAUAAGAUUAGAGCAGGACAUCUUUGUUCCCAUGGCAGGUUCUGGGAAACUAUAUGUAUACCACACGGACAGGUUCUGGAGCCAAAUCAAAACCACAGGAGCUGCCAUUUAUGCAAACAGACAUUACUUAGCUCUAUACCAGGACUGGCACAAAGAGAGGUUAGCUAGAAAUGGGGAGCUGAAACCCCAGAUCAUUGGGGACGUAUACAUCCACCCCACAGCUGAUGUUCAUCCAACAGCUGUGCUUGGUCCCAACGUAAGUGUUGGUAAGCACGCUGUGAUAGGAGAAGGUGUGAGGGUCAGGGAAUCUAUCGUUCUUGAGGGCGCUGUUCUACAGGAUAACUGCUGUGUGCUGUACAGUGUAAUUGGCUGGAAUGUUACCAUAGGAAAGUGGACUCGUGUGGAAGGCACACCUAAUGACCCCAACCCCAACAAACCUUUUGCCAAGGUUGAUGUCAAGGAUACAUUCAGUCCUGAGGGAAAGCUCAAUCCAUCUAUCACUGUCAUUGGGAGUAAUGUGCAGGUUCCUUCUGAGGUGAUCUUACUGAACGCAAUAGUGUUACCAGACAAAUCACUCAGUGGAAGCUGCAAGAACCAAAUCAUCCUCUAGUGUUACCAUGGCAAUCUCCCAGAAUGCACUGCCGAGAUCAUUCCGUCAUGCUACUUUUGUUCCAUCAUAUCUUUCUUUGAAGUUUUUGAACAAUUUCAUUCUAAAUGAAUUUGUGUUUUGUACAUGUAGAUAGUGAUUUAUUUAAAUCUACAUGUUUAACUUAUCUCAUUAUAUAUCCAUUUUCCUACAUUGCUUUGCUAUGAGAAUAUGUUCAUAAAUAUUUACAAAGUAUUUUGGGGACAUUUCUUUACAGAGAAGACUGUUUAUAUACAUGGCAUAUUUUGUAUGUUACUCUGUGGUGAUUCAUUGCAUCAGAUACUUUUUGAGUGCUUAUUUAUAUUUUAUGGAUCUAAUGUAAGAAGUAUCCCAUAAUCGUAUACACUUGAACCAUAUUUUUUAUGAAUUCCAUGCAUUAGUAUCAUUAAACUUGAGUAUGAUGAAGGAAA